AUGCAAUUCUCUACCGUCGUCUUAUUCGCAGCUUCUGCUUUAGCAGCUUCUUCCACCGUUACUGAAGUUACUUCUGCAACUAUCACUUCUUGUGGUCCAGAAGUCACCAACUGCCCAGCAAGACACGAUAACGGUACCGUUUCCUCCACCUACUCCGAUGCAGCUGCAGCUCAAGGUUCUUACUUUGCUGCAGGUGCUGCUGCUUUAGCUGCAGGUGCUUUAUUAAUGUAA